AGCCACUGAGCCGAUGGAGGACAUAGAAGCCUUACGAGGGAAACUAAUUACUGGUUGGAUUUAGUCAAGGUCCGUGUCUGCCUUUCCUACCCCUAUCGAUGGAGUGUUUCUGUGAGUUUGGAGGGCACUGUGACCCGCUGUACUGACUUGAAAGCUGCUCGACUUUGUGCUACGCCUUCACCGAGAAACUGUCACAGUGGGAUUGGUGAAAAUGUUCAUUGGGUCUGCCCGAUGAAACUGCAUGGGUAGGCUGUCUAGCGAUGCUGCACCUGCAUCUGUGCCUGCUGGAUGCAGGAGCUGUGUUGCUUGGUGAAACUGUGUGUUAGAUAUGUCAAGUGAAGCUAUUCGAUGAUGGAGUAUGGGUGAAGUGCUUUCUGAAGACUUUGACUAAGCUGCUCACUGUAGCUGUUGGUUCAUAGUGGCCGAUGCACAGCAGAACAGUCUCUUUUAACUACAGAGUCAAGAUAUGUGUUUAAAUUACUCAUUGGGGCUGCCAGUUGAAACUGUACAGUGUAGCUGCAGUGUUUGAGUUACCAUAUAACAGCAGUACGAGUUUGUUGAAAAUGUCGGAGGAAAUUGCGCGAUGGUGUAGAUAGGUGAAACUAUUUGUUGACACCAUAAAGUGGAGCAUCUUUGUUAGAACUGUGAACUGAUGCUGUCUAGUGACAUUUGGCAGGAUAUGUGGUGGAAAAUGUACUGGAGCCUGUUGGUGAAACUGGGUGGUGGUGUUUGAUGAUACUGCAUGUAGCAACAAAUAUUUUCAUUAAGCUUAGUAAUGGUGAUGUACAGUAUAGUGAAAAACUGUUUCGUCAGUGAAAAAAGAAAGAACAUUAUGAGGCUAUUUUUUUAACCCUAUCCAGUGGGGCUCAUUGUGAAAGUGCACAAAGUGGCUGUGGUGAAACAAUGUAUGCAUCUUUCUGGAUGAAGUGUACAACACGACAGUUUUUGAGAAACUAGCUGUUGGGAAGGAACAGUCUGGUAAAACUGCAUACCUUUGGAACUGGCGUUUGAGACAGCAUGAUGGAGUCAUUAAGCAAAUUUGCUCGGGGUUCAUGGCGAAAUUGUGCUUAGAAAGUGUGAAACUCCGCACUGGAGGUGUGUGUUGGAAGUGUGCAGUGGUGGUGUGUGGGGGUGAUGGGGUGUGCACGGGCGGUGGUGGCGGUGGUGCUGAGCAUCAUCUCCCUGGCGGUGCUGAGCCUCCACGUAGCACUCUGUGUGCACUACCCCUCACCACUCUUCGCUGUUACCCUCCUCCUCAACCCCUCCCUCUGGAUGUUUCUUGGAGCAGCUGGGAUGGGAUGUGCACUAGCCCUCACCUACAGGGAGCGACAGAGGAAGGUGCGUGCUGGCCUCUGCACCACCUGCCAUGCCCGUUAUGGCGCCACCAUCGACUCAAAGUGGCGUUCUCCUGAGGUCCAGUGGCGGGAGAGCCUGCACAGUCAGCGGGGACCCUCCAGGGCCAUAUACUCUUAUAAUGGGAACUCUCACAAGUUUUAUGCCUCAUAUGGAACUAUUAAUGAAAAACAAGCCAUGGAAAUGAAGCGUGGUCCUCUAACCACCGCAGCCAACCAAGUGUCAAAAGACACAAAGAGACGGAAAGAAAUUACAACGCUUAACUGCGUACGCAAACCACCCACGAACUUUGAACAAACAAAAGAAAAAUCAGGUGGCAGUAAUAAUAUCAACAAAAUAAAAGAUCCAGAUGCAAAAGAUGCUGGCAACUUUAAGGAGGAACUGGACCUCAAGACUAAUGGCGAAGAUAUAAUAUCCAACAGUAAGGAGCAGAUACCCAAAAUAAUGGGAAAUAAUGGUCCCCACGGAACUACAGGUACUUUGCCUGGGAAGGAUGGAGAGAUUUCACGGGUCAUCUCCCAGCUUCCUGACACUCAUGGAGGGAAGCAACAGCAAUGCAAAAAUAUAAACUCUUCCGUCCUGCCUUUAAUUGAAGCCAAGACAACUCUGGAAGUGAAUGGUAAUUCAGUCAGCAGUAGUUGUGGGGCUGACACUGAUUCAAGAACAUCAUCAUCAUCACUUGGGAAGCAGGUGUCAUGUGACUGCCUCGCCAGGUAUGCUACCAUGGACUACAAGAGAAGACAGCAUCUCUACAGAGCCACUGCCGACAGUCGCUCACCACGCCGUCAACAGUACUCCCACUCGGAGAUUCGCACUGUCGGCAGAUACCACAAGAAGUUGUUAAUGCAUUGUAGAUUAAAAGAUCCAAGAGAUGUCCCAGUUGAACUCUUUGCUGCAAGAAAUAAUGUAGAUGUGGACAACUCUGACAACUCUACUGAUCAGAAUGUCGCCUCCAAGAGAAUUGUACUUGCUGGGGAAGAUUCUGGGCCUCCAGUGCAUCAAGGGUCCUCACACACUAAAGCGACUAUUAUUGAUGGUGAAUCUCACUUACCACAUGCAGAUGACAAAGUCACUGAUGCUCAAGACAGAUUCAGAAAUUCUUCAGAGACAGAAAUGACACAAGGAAAAUAUGAAGACAGUGAACCGAUUUCUUCAGAAACCAAACUUUUCACCCUCAGGAAAGUGAAAAACAAAGAUUCACAUUAUACUCCUACCACAAGACUCCUGCCUGUGAAACACUCUCCUCCGUCCCCUAUACAAACGCCCACCACAACACAGUGGUCUACUGCCUCGCCUACAUUUGUAAACUUUGAAAGCUUACCUCAGCAUGAUGAUCCUCAAGAUCUUAGCCUCGAAUCCACCCAAGAACCCAGUCAAGACUGUGACCAGAGCCAUGAUGCUCAGUGUCGGGACCUGGAUGUGGCCUCAGUGUCCUCAGAAAGUGGCCUUCUACCCUCUAGUAACAAGACAUCGUUGGUGGGCCGUGACUUUCUUAAAUCACCAUUAUGGCGCUCAUUUCGGGGGGCAAAGAAAGAACACAAGCCCGCCGUUGAUGAUGACUCUGAGGAACACAACCAAGGCCAUCAUGAUCAUGACUCUGUUGAAACACAACUUGAGAGCAGCAAGAGCCAGCAGCGUCCUGGACAGCACCGCCUUAAGUCACUCUUCUCCAGCAGCAGGAGGGUUCUUGCCAAACCCAAACGGACACGUUCUUCUGGAGGUUCAGAACGGAGGGCACCAUGGAGACCAUCCCCAUCAGUUUCCACCUCCGUGAGGGAAACCACAGACUCAACGACAACACCCAGAGAAAAGCUGACCUUCACUGUGAGAAAAACCACCAAGAAUGUAGUAUCUUCCAUACCACGAAAGAAUAUGACCAAACCUGUGUCACCACUGUCUUCAUCACCAGCCAGGGUUGUGAAGUCAUUAGUGAUGAGAAAUAUUCACAGAACUACUGGAAAGUCACGUGAUGCUUGCAGCCAUUACCAGAUACCUGAUACUGCAAUUUCUUCUGAUAAUGAAUAUCCUAGUGACACUGGAGAUCCCAGGGUGCCUCAGGAAGUAUCCACACCGCCUCUCUCCACCUCCCCAGCCUCCACAUCCAGCUCACCUUGCCCAUCAGUGAGGCCCAAGGAACGCAAGAAACAAAAGACACGCCUCAAGAAUAAACAUCGUGCUGGGAGUACAGAUUCUGUCUUGUUACUGAGUGAUGAUACGACAGAGUAAUGGUCACAAGGCUGUGUGAAGUGUCAGUGCAGUGAAUGAUAACCAGUGUAUUGCAGAAAUGUUGAGAGUAAACCAGCAUGAUAUUAAUUCUUGGCUGGAACUUUAUUUUGGUGCCUGAAAGACUAAUUAGGAGGAGACUUAUUAAAGUGUUAAACUGCCUUUAAAUGUGGAAAUGAUUAAGGUACUGUAUUGAUGUUCAUUGUGUGAAGUGAAAUAUUAGGAAAAGGUCCAUUGUUAUUUUCCCCGUGCUGUUCUCAAGUGCAGAAGGUUUGUGAUGUUACUGCACCAUGUUGGCUUUUAUCUUGCAUAUGACAAACCCGUGCUGUCAUAAACCUUACGUAUUACCUUGAGAGGAAUAUAUGAAGUAGUUUUAGCCUCCAUUAGAUGUAAAAUUAUGGUUGAGAAAUCUGUUUAUUACUGGUGGGUCACAGAGCUAUAUUUACAUUCCAGGGGCAUCUCAUUGUAUAUCUAACUUCCACUGUCUUUUAACCAUACACUCUAAUUUCCCACUUCAUGGAGAGAAACACUUGAAACUGACUAUGCCUUACACCCAGGGUAUCAUAUCACACCUAGGUGCAUCCAUACCUAGGGCUACACACCUAGAACAUUUUACUUGGGGCAUUGCACCUUGAGUAUCACAAAUGGUAAAUUUUACCUAGGCCUUGUUCAUCAUGCCUGGGGCUUUAUGCCUAAGGCAUUUUGUGUGAAGCAUCACACCUGAGCUCAUCAAACAUAUAUACAGUAAGUAGCCGAGGCAUGUAUAGGAAUACGCAGACGUACAGCAGCCCUGAGUGCAUGACUCGAGGUCAGCAAAGGUUCUUCUGGCACGUAAUUGUUGUGAAAAAGGGGUUUGGCAGUGAUUGCAUUAACAUGAGAGUAUGUGAUGUAUGCCUCUACAUUAUUGGAUUUAUUAGAAAUUAAAUUAUGUCGCUGGUAUUGUACAAACUGUUACACCAAAGCCAAUAAAACUAUCUCAUAUGAUAAAGAAAAAAUAAUUCUCGAGUAAAAAAUAGGGGAAACUUGAGCAAUUUAAAAAAAUGGAUAAGGCUGAGGAAGUAAUUAAUAGGAUAGAGCAGUGGUUUUCAAACCAUGGGUCACGACCCAAAGGUGGGCUGUGAGCCAAUUUUCAUUGGGUUGCAAUGACCCAGCAUUGUCAUGCUUUUUGCCUGUUUUUAUUUUUUUUAUUUUAACACUAGGUCUCCGGUACACAACGACUGUUUAUUUACUAGUUCUACCUUGCUAUUAAAUUGCCUUCUUAGUUGGUCUUCUUCUCCAAGGUUAAGAGUGGUGGGUAGAGGUAAUUGUUGUAUCGCACGAUUUAUUUUUUAUUGUUCCACAUUAACUGAUCUUCUUUAUGCUUCUUUUAUUGUAUUUCUAGCAGUAAUUUCAUAAUGAUAUGUACUAUCCUGCCUAUAAAUUAAUAGUAUAAAAAAUGUGUAAUGAAAGCCUCUCUAUCUUUGCUUGUGAAAAUGGUAACUCAAUGCAUAAAUUUUUGUUCUUAAGCUGAGACGGAGCUGUGAUGUGCCGUCACGCACUCGCCUGAGUUGUUUAAUGAAGGCACCAAGCCAAUGAAACCACACAUGUGUUUCCUGACUGCUCAUCUUGGACUAUCGUCUGUUGUGAGCUGUACCACAGUGAUGACACAUAGAAAUACAGGUAUGUCCAGUGCAAAGUACAGUAGUGAUCUGAUGCAAGGGGAAGGCAGGUGUGCAUUAGGUUGAAAAUGCUUGAGAAGGGAGUGGCGGUGGUACCAAAACACUAGGACCCGGGAUCACUAGAAUAAAAAAAAAAAUUUUCAUCCUGACAACUUGUUUUGUGAACGAGGCCAUGAGGAGCGACUUGUGUAUAAUGCCUACCAAACCAAUGGGUUUAUACUCACAGAACCCUAAACUUGGAAAUUGAGGCUACUCCAAAAGGUAACCAACAAUUAUAACCCCAAAAAGAUCUAAGAAGCCAAGUGCUCCCACAAACUCGGUUACGAUUUGGGUUUGCAGGAUCAAACCAAGAGUUAUAAUAUUAUGCCAGUCAGUUCAAAACUUGUGCAAACUAUCAAAAGUGAAGAGCUCCAAGCACUGCAAAACUCGCCCCAACUGUCCAAGGGAGUUUACUCCACAACAAGGUAUUAGAGGGAUAGAAACUGACCUUCAAACUUCUCUAUGUAAUGCAGCUUGCUGGUGUCAUCCCUGACACUGUUAGAAUCGUUCUUUUAUUUGAUGAUUUUGGUGUUAGACCCCUUGAAAAAAUGACUCGACAAGGUCUUACCUAAUCUGGCCAAAAGGCUGAGGAAAGAGGUAUGGUAACCUCCAUUCCAGUCAUAGCUUUACAUGGAAAAUAGGGACCUCCUAAUUGUUGUAGACUGUGUCACAGCAUUGAGAGAGAUAUACAGCAAGUAUGAACCCCACAGACUUCAUUAUGUGAAAUGGACGAAGUACCACAGUCUAGCCAGGAAAUGAAUCCCUAUAUGCACAAAAUCACUAAACUCCUCUCGACAUGAAUUCCUUGAACUUGUAUUAAUAGGAUCCUGUCAACUAAACCUGACAUCACCUGUAACCAGGAACUCAUAAAGCCUUAACCAAGAUGGAAAGUAGUCAAGAUGAGGAUUCAGAAUCAAAUUGUGUGUGGAAAGCUCUAAAUACUUUACAGAAAUAAUUU